CAACUUGGAAGGAGAUCCUGACUUGGACAUUUCUGCUUUAGCAGUCCGGUUACUUGACCCCAUCCCUCCCUCUCCUCACCAUCUCCACCCCCCUCACCCUGCAGGGUGGAGGCUAUCAACCCCUCCAAGCUCUUUCAGGGUCAGUUUCCAGUUUUAGGGGGGCUGAUCCAGACCUCCAGUCCACUAUCGUUAGAUCUCUUGAACGUCUUGAAUGAGACGUACUAUCUAACUAUUGAGCUGGAUUUGACUAACCUCCUUAUCUCGUCUCAUCUGGAUCACCGGAUUUAAACCGCCGACCCCACAGACAGCUAAUUUAACUCCAGAGACCAGCAUGGCAGACAAGCCUGGUUUGCCAGCAGGUGGGGGGGACGAUGCGGGCAGCAUCAUGGCGCUGUUGGAGCGCGUGGCAGGCCUCAUGGACAGCGUCCAGACCACGCAGCAGCGCAUGGAGGAGCGUCAGCUGGAGCUGGAGAACACGGUGAAGACCAUCCAGACCGACAUCAUCAAGCUCACCAACGACCACGCCAACACCAGCUCCACCGUCGACAGGCUGCUGGAGAAGACCCGAAAGGUCAGCCGCCACAUCAAGGACGUGAGGGUGCGAGUGGAGAACCAGAACGUCAGGGUGAAGAAGGUGGAAGCCACCCAGGGAGACCUGCUCGCCAAGAACAAGUUCCGAGUGGUCAUUUACCAGGGUGACCAGGAAGUGAAAGCUGUCACACCAGGAAGCGAGCCUGCAGAGUCCAGUGGGGCUGCAGCAGCCAGAGCCGAAGUGGAACCGGACAAGUUCGAGCUCCCCCCAGAGUCUGAUGAGGAGUACAUGGUGGUGGAGGAGGCGGACUCCUCAGCUGCCGGCAGAGCCAAGAAGACAGGGCUGACACGCAUAGAGAGCUUCAAAGCCACCUUUUCUAAGGAGAACAUGAGCAGUAAAGUCAACAAGCUAGGAGAACGCAUCGUCACUGCAGAGAGGCGCGAGAAGAUCCGUCAGUCUGGGGAGAGGCUGAAGCAGUCUGGAGAGAGGCUGAAGGAAACCAUCACCAAGAACGUCCCGGCAAAGCUCAAUUUGAAAAAGGAGAGGACUGUGGCGGAGGGCCAGGAGGGAGCCGAGGGAGCCUCCGAGGGAGCCAUGCCAGUACCCCCCCCAAAGGGCCGCAAGACCAGCCCACGGGCCGCAAGGGCGGCGGAUGACGAGGGCAAGAGCGAGGAGUCCGAGGUGCCCAUGUACGACAUGAAGCAGCUGUCCUGAACCACCAGGUCUGAGAUACUUCCUUUAGACCUGAAAGACCACAUAGAAAGAUUCAAAAGGGUUCUGCAGGAUCUGCUCUCGAUCAGCUGCAGGAACCAAGUUUGUCUGACUUUAAGUGAAGGAUGUGAACGAAGAACAUGAAGGACACAGAUCCAACAGAACACCCAGAAGACUCCUGAAUCCCUGGAAGUUUCUACCGUUUGUGGGUUUCAGACAUUUAUUACCUUCCAGCUCCACACAGAGACAACUCAUGUUCAGUGAAAUCAUGAAAGGACUGAUUUCAGAGCUGACCAUCAAGCCUCUGACACCAUCCCGCUGAUGUUCACCUGUUUGAGUAAAGUUAAUACGUCGGUUGAUGAGACAGGGUGAUGCUAUGGUUUGACAUGAUGGAAACAGGAGAAGAUUUGAGAGGGAAUAUUAUGUCCCUUCAGGGUUUUAGUUAUGAUUCAAACGUUGAAGACGGAAGGAACCAAGACCUGUGGAAAUCAGGUCGGAUGGACAAGAAACUCCAAAGGCUCUUAUAGACCAGGGGUCCCCAAAGAUUUUCUUGUGAGGGCCACAGAACUGUUUUCUUCUCUGAUGUGGGCCGGGGUCGGUUUGCAGGAAAAGGGCAGCAAUCACAGCCUAAACGUAAACAUUUACGGUUUGCUAGAUAGCCACACAUAGCCAAAUUUUAAGUAAUUAAUUUCUGCAAUCUUCAUAGAAACAAAUAAUACUGAAUGUGGCUUCUGAAGAUGCUGAAAAUGAUGACUAUAAACACUGAAGUUGUUAGCUGAAAUGGCAGAAGUUAAUAGCUGAAAACACUGAAGCUGAUAGCUAGCUAAAAUAUUAGUAAAAUGCCAAAUUAGACUAAAACA